AUGGUCGACUCGGGUAUAGGAAAUAUCACUGGCAGCUUACGGCGUCGCUUCUCGGUGCGGCUCAUCAUCUCCUACGCCUUGGACUGGGCCAUCCUCAUCUUCGCUGCUGCCAUUGGCGUCGUAUUCGACCGCAUCGAGCCCGCCAAACGACCCUUUUCUCCCGUCGACCCCAACAUCGCCUUCCCAUACACCGAACAUGAGCUCGUUCCGAUCUACCUACCCUUCAUCCUCGCCAUCGGUGUUCCCGCUGUCAUCGUCGCCGUUGUCUUCUUGAUAUUCGUUCCUAGACCAACUGUCCCCAACGGCACACCCAAGACGCUCAUCUGGCACCAUAAGCUCUGGGAUUCCAUCAUGGUUCUUUACAAGUGCCAUAAAGAACCUCUUUGGCAAGCCCCGUCCCGAUCUUCUGAGCCGGUGCUACCCCGACUGGAAGAACGUAAAGGAUCAUAUUGCUGCCAGCAAUAUGCUGGCGGCUACAGCUGGGGCAACAUGAACGGUCAGCUCGUCUACGCCAGUAUUUGCCAGCAGACAGACUCGUACAAACUCGACGACGGCUUCCGCUCUUAUCCCAGCGGCCACGCCUCCUCCGCGGCCGCUGGCCUAGUUUACGCCUCGCUCUUCCUAGCCAGCAAGUUCUCCGUCACCAUCCCCUUCGUUAUGCCUUCAGCCGCUGCAGCUGCGGGCGCUACUGGAGCUGCUUCUCACACCGCCUUCCCUUCCCACCUUCGCCCUGAAGCUGAUCCCUACGAGCCCACUCGCGCCCGCGGCUUCGAUGACCGAUCUGCCACCUCGUCGCUCACUACCAAGGUCUCGCCCUUUGGCGAUAUUGGCCAGCACAACGCCGAGAUCCAGUCUCUUCGCCGUCAAGCCGCUGCUCCCCCCAUCUACCUCCUCGUCUUCACCCUCCUCCCCUUCGGCGUCUCCAUCUUCAUCGCUGGCUCCCGUUGGUAUGACAUGCGCCACCACGGCUUCGAUAUCCUUUUCGGCUACCUGAUGGGUGUUAUCACCUCCUUCUACGCCUUCUACUACUAUCAUCUUCCCAUCCGCGCCGGCGCAGGCUGGGCCUGGGGCCCUCGCAGCGACGAACGCGCCUUCUGGGCCGGCGUUGGCCGUCUGGGCUAUGCUGGUACGGAUGAGGAGUUGGCUGAGGGUCGUCCGAGCCAGAACUUCCAGGAUGUUGAGCAACAGCGGAUGGACGAGGCGGAUCGUGCAGAGAACCGGUUUCGUGAAAACCGCGUCUAG